AUGGAGACCAUUGCUGGAUAUGGAUACAACGAGGGCAAGGACGAAUCCAGCAGGACGAAUGAAUUGAGCUUCAACAAGGGACGAGGCAAAGCGAACGUUGUCAGGUUGUCGAAUGCUACGCGUGGUGUUUUGCACAAGGUGGAAAAGCCGCCAGACCGCCACCACGGAAUGCGAACUAGCAGCUGGGAGCCGAAAAAGGGACGAGACGCGAUGGCGGAAAGAAGACGACGACGACGAUGCCAUGAGCAUGAGGGAGGAGGCAGUCUGAGGAACAGAGGAGAAACCAGGAGGCGCUAG